UGGCACCCUAGGAGGCCGACCUGCACCAUAAAACCCAGGAAGACAGGGCUGCGGGGGUUGGGGGGGGGGUCACACACUCCGGAAACGGAGGCCACGUCCGCUUGAUGCCCGAGGGAUGAAGGGGUGGAGUUGGGGGGGGGAGGGAGCAAGGCCACGUGGGAGGCCCGCGCUCAAGACCCGGAGGCCAGGGUUGCCUGCCCAGGCUCCCGCAGGCCAUGAGGACGACGGUCACCGCGUACCGACCUAGUCGGCCUCCUCCUCGCCGUCGGCCCGUCUCCACUCGGCAGCUGCACCCCGGAACGCGGCGGCCCCGCCGCUCCCAUCCCGGCGUCCCCUGCGCCCGCCGCGCUCGGUAGCGGCGCGCGGGGAGCCCGGCGUCAGUCCCCGCCUGCCCGCGGGCAUUGCUAUGGCAACGCAGCUGCCCCAGCUAUGUCGCUGCAACCCGCCCCUCCGUCGCGGGUGUUCAUGGAACUGGUUCCCUGGGCUAACCUGGGCCGGGAAAACAACUCGAUCUCGGCCUUGGAGGCGCAGCCCGUCGGCAGCCGCCCCCACGUCGCCAAGGCCCACUCCGGAGCCCGCGAGGUCCACGUGAGCGGCUCGGCCGAGGUGUCCGCCAGCCCCGACCGGGCGCAAGUGGCCGUGCGGGUGAGCAGCACCAAGGAGGCGGCGGCCGAGGCCAAGAAGAGUGUGUGCCGCCGCCUGGACUACAUCACGCAGAGCCUCCAGCAGCAGGGUCUGCAGAUUGUAGAACUCAACGUUUUGCUUCCUUCCAUAUCUGUGGGAAGAUUCAGGGACAAUCAUGGUCAUGCAGAAAAUGUCGCCGUCACAAAGGAUAUUAGAAGAGUAGAAAAUGCUUAUCACAUGGAAGCCGAGGUCUGCAUUACAUUUACUGAAUUUGGGAAAAUGCAAAAUAUUUGUAACUUUCUGGUUGAAAAGCUAGACAGCUCUGUUGUCAUCAACCCACCUGAGUUCUAUCACACUCCAGGUUCUGUUGAGAAUCUUCGGCGGCAAGCCUGUCUUGUUGCUGUUGAGAAUGCAUGGCGCAAAGCUCAAGAAGUCUGUGACCUUGUUGGCCAAACUCUGGGAAAACCUUUACUAAUCAAAGAAGAAGAAACAAAAGAAUGGGAAGGCCAGAUUGAUGACCAGUUAUCCAGACUCCCAGGCUCAUUAACUGUACAACAGAAAAUCAAAAGUGCAACAAUACACGCAGCUUCAAAAGUGUUUAUUACUUUUGAGGUAAAAGGGAAAGAGAAGAAAAAAAAGCAUCUUUAAAAUCCAACUAAAGCAUACUGUAUUUGUAUUUCCAAAUCUGUUUUUAUAUAUUUUAUAAUGCUUAUUUCUGUCCUGAACAUACAUGUUGUAGGGUAUACUGAUUCUCUAUAAAAUCUGCCGCUUUUUGAACAUAAUCCACAGAAUGCUUAUGUUCACUCUCUAGUUUCCAAAACACUCUGAGAAGUACUAUGGGAAAUAAAUGUAUUAAAACACACUUUUGUAUACUGACAAUUUAUAUAUUUAAAAUAAAAUGA